GCACUCGAGCAUUUAGCAAUGUCACUUCAGGACUAGCCAAACUAAACCCAAUUUCCAGUUUACGUUUGAAGAGACCAACUUCUGUGGCAGGUCGCCAGACUACAUCACAGUUUUAUCUUCAGAAGCCUGCAGUUUGUGUACAGAAUGGAAAUGAUAUUAUUAUUCCAUUGGGUGGAAACGAGACUCAUUUAGUCUCUUGUGGAGUAGUGGCUACCAGUCUUCUUCCACCUGUCUCUCCACCACGUUAUCCAUCACCUCCAUUGGUCCGCUGCCAUAGUGAUUCAUCCAUCCCUCAUUCUACUCUGGCAAUGAGAAACCUCAUUCCUGGAGUGCCCACCAAUCGUUCUCCUACUCCAGAGAUAUUAGUAAGUGGGACUGGAGACUCCAUACACAAACCAGCAAUCACUCCUACAUUUGGAGGCCUCUCUCCAACACUUCUCAUGCAGAGAGUAAGGAAGAUAUCCCAUUCAUCUGAUGAAGUAGACGUGCGUGAGGAACGAGAGGGAGGUUUGCUUCGAGCAUCUUCUGCAACAGAUCUCCAGUUGCACCUCUCAUCUAGUCACUCAGAGGGACACAUAGGUGGAUCCUCCAUACAGUCUGCAGGAGUUAACUCAGGGGGGGAACUUCCCAGUAACCUUGUAUCCCCAUUGUCAGCUCUUAACAAGGAGGCUGUAUUAGCUCCCUUCUCAGUGUUAGCUCGAGGAGUACAGAGUUUAGCGCCUGGUGCAGGUCGUUUGGCACGGGGCAUGCAGAGUAUUGGGGCCAAUUUAGACCCUCGUCGCUUGCGUGCUCAACGUCAGAGGCAGCUUGAAGAAGAUCUAGUGAUGAAGGAACGGAAAAUGCAGUGCAAGACAAAGAUUAUUCAGCUUUAAGUAGCCAAUAUUAUCUUUGACUCUUACCUCUUCAUUGGUACAUGAUGAAAUAGAAGAGAUAUUAUCUAUGCGUCAUUAGGUGCAAGGAUCUGGAGUUUUUUAUAUCAGUGAAUCAAAAAUUGAACAAAAAUGAGAUGGUCCUGUUCCGUCAUAACUAGUCCCUGGUAAAACUUAAUGUUACGUCCAAAGUUUUACUUGCAAUAACUGGUAGUUUUCUGUUUAGUUUUGUUUCUGACAUGAUGUAUUGAUGUAGGCUCAAUUUAAAUUGUCACUGAGAAUCCUUAAUGUGAGUGAUGUAUCGAGUCAUAAUAAGUAGACAAUAGAAUGUGUUAAGAUUCAGUGAUGUACCCUGUACACUCUCAUUUUAAUUAUACUGUAUACUUCUUGUUGUUCGUGCCAACAUACUGUACAUACACACCAACUUUCUUAAGGAUAUUCAGCAGGGUAAAAUUUUAUUUUAAUGGCAGCAGAAUAUAUAUUGCCUCCUCUUUACUGAAAUAUGAAACCUUGGUAUUAAUUCUCUAAUUCCCUGUCAAGUGUAGUAUGCAUGUACGGUAUCUUGAUUUAUGUUGAAGGAGGAGUUACAUGCAUAGAAGAUUGACACAUGUGUUGUUAAUGUCAUCAGAUUCUAUUGUCUCCAGGGUAUGGCUCAUGCCUUGAGAAUAUGCUCAAAAAGUAUUGAACACCACCUUAAACAUUCCAAGUGAAGUUAACCUCCUCUAUUGUGAUCUCAUGUAACUACUUUUAUAUUAUUUGUCACAACAUUAUUUAUGUGUGUUUACAUUGAUAACUGUUUUAAAAUGUUAUAAUUUUAUGUAGUCUUCCAUGAGCAUGAUUCAGUAGGCUUAUUGUAGAUUUGUUUGAGUCACUUAUUAUUAUUUAUUGAAAGUGUUAACACUAGGUGCACUCCCCAGGAACAUUUCAGAUGCAGUUGUGGAUUCUUGUAAAAUAGCAUGAGUAUAUUUUCCUGUGUAUAUACAAGUAUAUAUAUGUAUAUACAAUGAUUUUUUGCAGAAUUUUAGUGAGUCGAAUCUUAGAAAGAGGAAAUGGAAUAUUUUAACAUUAUUAGUGUGGCUUUUGUGGUAAGAAACACAAGUUUUUGAAACACAACUAUCACAUUUUCAUUGAUAAUUUCCUUGAAUGCAUCAACAUAUUUAAAUGGUUGUUAGAUGUAUUUACCAAAAAGUCAUAGGCUUUAUAAAGUGCAUUAUUCUCGAAAUAUUCUGUUUAUGGUCUGCUAUUGAUGGAGAAUUGAACUUGUACUUCAUUAAUAACAGUAAUAUAAUUUAGUGGUUGAAGGUUAUGCACAUUGAACCACCUCAAUCUGCCCAAAUGCUUCAAGGUUCAACACUUUGCUGUUUUACACACACACACACACUAACACACACACACUAACGCACACACACACACACACACACAUACUCCCACUAACAUACACACUAACACAC